AGCUCUAUGCAGCCACAGUAAAGCUGGGCAAGGGGCGGGCUGAGUGAAUCCACUGGGUAUCGUUCCUGUUUGGUGCGGCCCGUGCGAUGGGGGCAGGUUUCGCGAGUGGCUUUUAUGUUUGUUGUUUGCUGACAAGUUUAUAUACAUGAAGCUUCGUUGCCUACCCAACCCUUUCACCGAUUCGCUCUGACAACCGUACAAUGCUGUUUCCGUUACCUUGCAUCAAUCAAACUUUCAUUUGGGAUGACAGCAACACUGUCAACAAGAUGCAAGAUCUCUGGAAUAGGAAAGAGUGAACUUAUCGAAGACACCAUGAGGUGCAGAUGAAACAGCUGGCAUCUUAGUACCUGCAAACCUUGGACAUUGGAGUGAAUCGGGCCAUGAUUUUGCUUGCUCAUGGUGAAUCUAGCUUGGCAUUCAUACCUCCAUCCCUGAAUCUCUUGUAAGUAGUGUUGAUUUGAUCGGUUUCUGGCAUUUUACGGCGUUGUGUAUAUAAUCAUUUAGCAUUUUGACAUUUGAGUUCCCAUUUUUCUUUUCGAAAGCACUUCGGACCACUUUGGCACUCCAAGGCCGAGAGCCUCAAUGAGCAGGUUCAGCGACUCCGGACUGAGAACGUGAAGCUGCGUGAGCUCCUAGAUGCUAUGGGGGUGGAGUUGCCAGGCCUCAAUGACGGAGGCAUCACUGGUGUGGCUGAUGCUCUGGUUGCCCUCAUGUCUGAGGGUGGUUCUCUCCUUCGUGAGCGGGAGGAGCUGAUCUUGGAACAUGCGCGCCUUACCGUGGCGCAGCAAGCUGCUGAUGAUCAGGAUCCUGACUUGGACAGGCUGUUGGAAGCGCUGCUAGAGGUGGAUGCUCUCAACGCUGAGAGAGAGCAGCUUAGAGCUGAACAAGGCCUUCAUAGAGAGGAGGUGGACGAUUUCGAAGAUGCGCUUACUCGCUUGCGGCCACUCCUCACUGAGACGGACAGCUUGCGCGCUGAGCGCCAGCGCUUGACCUCGGAACGUCAGAGUCUUGUAGAAGCAGUGGAGGCUGUUGGUAGGUCAGCAGAGGAAAUCAUUUGUGAAGACGACCGUGACUUGGAGCUGCAGCUGCUGAGUGCAGUGAAGGGCGUCGCUGUCGAGAAUGAGAGCCUCAAGGCAGAAAUACAAGAUCUCCGCGCGCAAAUUUCAAGGCUUCGCAACCACUCCAGCGAUCGGUGUGAGGACUUGCCUGUCCUGCAUCAAGUGGAUCGUGUACCACGCGUCAAUGCACCAUCACCUGUGCCAGAUUUGUGUAGCAGGGGAGCCAACACCUUGGUUCAGGACAGACCAAGCAAGCCGGAGGUUGUUGGAGCCUUUCUGGCAAACGCGGAACCAAAGGAGUCCCGCUCUGGAGAGCUCCAGAAGUUGCAGGAGAUUAUUGAUAGGCUGCAGAGUGAAAAUGCUCAAUUGAAGUCCCACAUCGUCGGCCUAUCCCCACAGGAAUCAGACACAAUUCCCUCUGGGAACAUUGGGGACACGCUGCCGGAGGCACCACUCCCACUCCCAGAGCACGCAGAGGAGCAAGCGACGCAGGAGGCAACAGAUGCCGAACAAGCUGCAGGGGACAUGCUGCCAGAGGCACCCCCAGCGCCCCCACAAGAUGCAGCAGAAGAGGGCAUUCUGACAGAGGAGUCCACCAACGAAGCUGCUGGAAACAUGCGGCCUGAGGCUCCCCCGCCACCGCACGCAAAAGAGGUCACAAUUCAGGAGUCACAAGAGGUCCGAGAAAUUCCUGGAGAGGGCGAGGUCAGGGAAUUUGCUCCGGAGGCAGAGGCACUUUUGAGCAGGAUGCAGGAGAGAAGCCAGCGGCAACAAGAGGAGAAGGAGCCGCGAAAGCCGCGUCGGAAGGCCAACGCUCACCAUUCCAAUGUCCGGCCGAAAGAGGAGGUGCAGCGCCCCCGUGCUCCUCCAGAUGAACUCUUCAAGCAGGCUGGAAUUCCAAUCACCACAGAAGCCAUGCUCCAGCAGCUGUUGUCACCGUCAAAGGGAAAGAAGGUGCUGCUGCCAAGGACUCUCUCGCUCACUCCUGAGGAUAAAAAUGCAACUGCCCAGCAGCGCCAAGAGGCGAGAUGCGGUGGAAUUGGCAUCCUGUGUAGCAGCAGUUUCUUGACCAUGCGAAGGGUUCACGGAAGCUUCGCCCGAGCCCUUCUGCCAUGGGUAAAUUGCUACGGACGCAGAUGCAAUUGGGGCGACCACGAGAGGAGGGCGCAGACCUUGAUGGUCGCAGCCCCGUACUAUCGCCCUCGCGCAUGACGGACUCGGAUGUUGCAACACAAGAACAGGCCAUGAAAGGUGCUUUGCAUACCCUUUUUCGAUGCUUUGGCAAGUGAGUUCUACCAGUGGGUGGUGCUUUCCGGUUCUUUCAAAACUACAAGUGUCACCGUCUCCGUGGCCUCAGCUACAUGUGAAGCAUCGUGAAACAUUG